UAAAGGGUUUAUGAAGGGUUCUUUUGCUUAUAGUCUCUUUGGAUCCCUUGUGCUCUGAAAUUUUUCUGUCCAUCUUGUCGGAAAAACCCAACUCCCAUUCAUAAAUGAGCCCAUCUUAUGCUGUCCCACUCGCAUUCCAAUGACUCGUACCACUUCCCAAAACCGCACCCGUACCCGAACCCGCCGUCUUUCAGCUUGUUAUCGCCACCCAUCGGAGCCGGUCACCGGCAUCUGUGCCGCAUGCCUGCGUGAACGUCUCUCCGGUCUUGACUCUUCUGCUGAUUCUGAACUCUCUAUUGUUCCUACAUUCUCAAAUUCUUUCGAAAACCCAGAUGCUGAUAAUGGACCCGAACCCGGACCCGGAUUUGAUGGUAGCCGGAGUAAAGCUGCUACAUCGUCGUUUUCCCCGGAUCUCCGGCGUUGUAGGUCUGUUUCUACUGCCAGGUGUGAAGGUUCGUGUAGCUGGUCGGAGCCACGUCGGAGAUCUUGUGACGAUAGGUCGUCCAGGAAUACUCUUGUAAAUCUCUUUGGAGUUGAUGAUGAGGUGGGUGGACCCAAUGCCGGUUUCAAUGUUGAAUCGAAGAACCUGGGGUUGACGAAUUUGUCUGAUAAUGUUUGUCAGUCGAUAGUAGAGCAUAAAGAGAGUGAAGAAGUUAGGGUUCGUGCUGAUGCAUUGGUGAGAAUAGAGGAUAUAGAUGAAGAUACUCAAGAUGGAGAGCUUAAGACAAUGAAAGAGUUCAUCGAUCUCGAAUUUCACACAAAAAAUCAGAAAUCGAGGGAUUUCAGAGACAUUGCGGUGAAUUUCAGGGAAGCAACUUCAGUCUUCAGCAAGAAAUUGCAAAAAUGGAGGCAAAAGCAGAGGGAAAAGAAGCUUAAUAGUAGAAAUGCUGAAGGAAAUGAUAGGUUUUCAGCUGGAAAUAGCAAGUUGAUAGGUUAUAAAUCAAAGGAUAGUCGGUCUGAGAUUGGGGAAUGUGCAAUGGGGAGGAGAUCUUGUGAUACAGAACCUCGUUUUUCAGUCGAUGCUGGGCGAUUGUCGUUGGACGGUCCGGGAAUUUCAAUUGAUGAGCCUAGAGCUUCUUGGGAUGGAUAUAUGGUCGCUAGGACUAUUCCACGGCUAACACCAAUGUUAUCAGUUGUCGAAAAUGUGCUUUUAGGGAAUGGAAAUGGGUUUGAUAGGCAUCGAGCAUCGCUUGAUGGGCAAAUGCAGGCUAUAGUAGAAGAUGAGAGUAGUUCAGGUGGAUCAGGACAAUCCAAUUCGGAUUCUUCAUCAUCACAAAGGGGAAGUAGUUUUGAUAGGUCGAGUUCUGUUCAGAGUUUUGGCAAGAGGACAUUGGAUUUGGAGGUUAACGAAGGCAAGUAUAUGUCAAAUUCAUCUUCUGCUCACGUCAAGUUGGUUAUUACAGAGAGGGAAUUGAAAGAUUGGCGCUUGAAUUCUAUCAAAGAUGAUAAUUUGAAUAAGUAUGAAUCAUUUCCCAAGAAUGGAAUUGUUGCUGAAAGUUGUGACCCCAAGAAGGGGUCCAAGAAGCCUGCUCGGUGGCGAGAGGUGUUCAAUCUCUUUGGUAACAAGCAAAAGCUGAAUAACAAUAAGGGAGAAACCCGAAAAGGAGAAGGAGAAACCAUCAGUUCAGUCACUGAUAGCAACGGGAAGCAAGGGGACAAGGGUUAUGAUAAUGUAAAGGAGGCUGCUCAAUGGAGGCUUUCACGCAGCAGCAGCAUUGUUGGGGCUAGAAAAUCCUGCAGCAGCUCCUACAUACCUGCUAGGAAUUCCUGCAGCAGUGCUUUCGAUCAGCCUAGGAAUUCGUGUGACAUGACUGAACUAAAUUACAGUAAGAAGAAAGUUGCUGAACGUGCUGCCUCUGCUAACUUUGGCAGGGAUGCUUUUGUGCUGGAGAGGAACAGGAGUGUCAAAUGCUCUUCAAAUGACAUUGAUAAUGGUACGUUACCAUUUUAUUUGAUGCCAUUGAGGACUUCUAGGAGCCGUAGAUUCACUGAGAACAAGUUAACAAAGCCCCUUCACGCUACUGGCAAAGGUUUGCACUGAACUGGAAGGAAGAUACUACAUGUAGUUUACCACGUAUCUGAUUUUGUAAAAAAACAAUUUAUCUUUGUGUAUCGGCAUACCUUGUUAUUUGAAUAUCAAAAUGCUUUCUUUAUAAUAGUUAGCUCAAAUUUUUUA